UCCCCCAAAGAGUCGAAGGCGGUGCCGAAUGGAAUAAUUACCUUUUAUCUCCAUUGCUUCAAGUUUAAACUGCCACUUCGCUAUCAACUGACGUCUCCAAUCAUAAACACUUCCAUCCCCCCUGAGAACAAACUAAUCACCGGCACCUACGCCUCAAUCAUUGUCUUUGAAUCUACUCAGCACACCCCCAGCUAUUAAAUAUAGGCAAAAUGGUCCAAACGGUGAUCAAAGACGACCUUGAGCAGCUGAAUUCUCUGCAUAUUUCUUACCUGGAUCAAUUAAGCCAGCAUUUCGGUCGGCAGUUUCCCAAUACCCCCGACCAAGGGCGCCAAUAUUGGGAAGAGUUCUUAGGGUUUGUCCGCCCGCAUAUACUACCGUUCUCUGGAUGGAGGGACUCUGCUACAUAUAAGCCUCCUUUCGAUUUGGUAUCCGAAUUCAAAGAAUUGAAGAUAGCAGAGUUGGAAAGAAAGAUCGCUCGUAUUGAAUCAGCACAUACCACACCUCGGGAUACAUCUCAGAGUGCCGAAGCUAUUCCACCUAGCGAAGUUCCCCAAAACAAUAAUAUCGACUGCAUGGAAAAUAGUAAUAGCCCACGAGGAAUCGAUUCUGCCAAACCAGAACCACGCAACCCCCUCGAGGAAGAAGGGCCAGGUCCUCAAGCUUCAUACAAGCUAGGAGAUCUCAAAAUCGAUGAAUCUGUGCUACAAGUGCCGACGUCAUAUUCCUUAGAAAGCUGGUAUUGCGAUGCCUAUAUCUUGGCACGCAUUGCAGGAUGGCCAACUUUGAACGGCUUCCAACGUCGAUUCCGUGAAAUUCUCAUGCGUCAAACACACCGAGAAUUAUUGGUAUCUGGAGUCAAAAGGGAAAUAGGUCGUUUUCUCAACGACACUCAUGAGACGCUCCCUGAUAACAAUUGUAUGGGAUUGAGUCACCUUGUAAUUGACCAUAUCAUACCGAGAUUCUGUCAGCCGUGGCCUUUCCUAAGGGCGGCAUCUUCUACGCGUCUUCAGGUACCUAACGAAUGUGGCGACCCAUUUAUAAUAAGUCCGGGCUAAGGCGAUAGUUGCAAAAGAACGGAAUUUUCUUGUUCAACCGUUUUUAUGGCUUAGCCGUGAGGUGCCUAUGAAGAGGUGUAUACUUAGGGUAUUAAACGAGCUCUACAUGGGAAGUAGUUAAGGCAUUUCUGCUUAGGUUUAUCAGUCUUAAGCCUUAGAUGGUGGUUAACUAUGGUGCCAUGCCCCUUCUAAAUCACCUAGUACCAUGAACAGAAGAAACUCUACAGGCCACUUCACGACCGUAUAGACGCAGAUUUAUUACAAAUAGGUGCUUAAGGGGGUGCCUACGUAGUAGAGGUAGAUUUCUCUUUUGACGCAUUCUGCAUGACAGGUUCGCUUUGUUUAUCAAUCAAUGAAAU